AUGCCGAAGAAACAGUCAACAUCCUCGAAAAUGGAAACGAUAGCAAAGAACGAUGCUCCAGCUAGCCACCAGUCUACCUCCGGACGCAAAGAAGACAGAGAGCCUCGCGCAAGGACCCGAAGCAGCAGCCCAGUUCGAAGCGAAAAGACGGAAUCAACUACAUUGUUACCAGGCGUAAAACCGGUAUCGGAGAUUGUGGAACAAACUCAGGAUCCAGAAAAAGAGACAUUGACACUGCCGGAAAAGGGCCCAACUCCACAGAUCACUGUUGAGGAUUUCAAUAACAAAUACGUGGAAAGGAGCCUCAACUUUUACGAUUUACACAGUACCCGAGCCAUCGACUAUGAGCAGACGUAUCCGAGACAGUGGCCAGAAGAGAUUCAGCACGCCUUUGGCAUGGCUCUUGACUGGGCACGUAAUUACGCCGAACGUGAACAUGCCAAUCUUUCCGUGGAGCAGAAGAGAGACCUUGUCUCUAGCCUUGAUGGAUACUGCAUCCAGAAUGACUUCGACACCAUCGUAUCUAGUCUUCCCCGAAGCUUGCAUAAUAUGUGUCUAACACAAUUUGUCUAUCUUUUGCUUGUCAAAGAAUGCAUUUCCAGGUUUUUUACGAAUCCUUUCUGGUACCUCGUUCCGGAUCCUGAGUGUGGGGGCGAUGCGGACGAUAAGGGGAAGUUGCCAACAAACGCACCGGUAUUUGGAGCCCAGAUAUUCAAUCUUUAUGAGAGAAUGCGCGAAUCUGAUCCAGCGGCUGCCCAACUUUGGCGCUUAUGGACCACUCGUUUUUCUCACCCAGAUCACAAAUUCGGAUAUGACAUGAUCGCUUAUCGAGACUCCGUGGCUGACAGAAUAUGCGAGGAAAUCUUGGGUCAAGUGCUAGUAAAAUCGCUCCUCAGAAGUACGGAUAAAAGUGUUCUGGAUAGAGCCCGUAUCGACCUGCAAAAGUUCUUCAGGUCAGCCGCUGAACUCUCGGUGAAAAUUUCAUGCCAACUUCAGUAUUUGGAAUUUAGAUUUCUCGAUACCCUGGAUCCUGUCUUUCAUCACCCUUCGGCGGAGAUAGAUUUGGCCGAGGAUUACGGAGGGGCUACGAAGGAACCUUGUUUUGAUGGCCGCCGUAUCCUCUUCUUGGAGUUUCCUGCCAUGUAUCUUUGCGGAGAUUCUAGGGAUCCCUUGUAUAGAGAUGUCCAACAGAAAGCUGUUGUCUAUGUUGAGGAUGUGGUCAGAAAUAGUUAG